GAACUGCUUCUUCCAUAUUCGCGCACAAAGCCUGUAUAUGCUAGCUUCUUCAGUGAGCCUUUUACACUAGGCCUCUAGCUGUAUAUAUAUUAUCUGUACUCUGAAGUCUCUGCUUCGUUCUGUGAAAGCCGAGUAAAGGCAGAACAGAAACAAUGGUGAGAGCUCCUUGCUGCGAGAAGAUGGGACUGAAGAGGGGUCCUUGGACUCCUGAAGAAGACCAUCUCUUGGUCUCCUACAUCCAAAAACAUGGCCAUGGCAAUUGGCGUGCCCUCCCAAAGCAAGCAGGUCUUUUAAGAUGUGGGAAGAGUUGCAGAUUACGGUGGAUCAACUAUUUGAGGCCAGAUAUAAAGAGAGGAAACUUCACGGCUGAAGAAGAAGAAACUAUUAUUAAGCUGCACGAGAUGCUUGGCAACAGGUGGUCAGCCAUUGCAGCGAAGCUACCAGGAAGAACAGACAACGAGAUAAAAAAUGUUUGGCAUACCCACUUGAAGAAGAGGCUUCAAAAAACAAAGCAAGCUGAUCAGCUCAUUAACUCAGAAACCAAAACCAGAGGCUCCAAACCUCAUUUAAUUAAACGAUCUGUUUCCAGUUCCAGCACUGUGACCACUCAAUCAGUUUCAUCAUCGUCUACUUCUUCCAGUGAUCUGUUAUCCUCAGUAUUCACACUAAGAGAAAGCAAUGGCAUGAAUAUGUGCAUCAAGAGUGAAGACAUGGACUCUCUGGAGCCUAUAUUGCCUCAAAUUGAAGAAAGCUUUUGGUCAGAAGCUGCAAUGGAUGACAAUAGCAUCGCCAUGAACAAUGAAUUACCAGCUCAUCAUCAAUGCUCAUUUGAGCCUGUGGAAUCAUUCCAGCAAGGCUGCGGGUAUAACAGUAUAAACUUUGACGAUGGAAUGGAUUUCUGGUACGACGUAUUCAUCAGAUCAGGGGAUUCGACAGAGUUGACGUUCUGAACUUUUCAUAUAUGCUCCUAGUGGGCCUUUGUGUCAUCCAUCUAUUUCUACUUUCUAGUGAGAGAGGAGGCUAUUUUUGUCCAUCCAAGAGCUACAGUCAUUCAUUGACUUGUAAACCUUCACCACCUUUUCGUUAAAAGCUUAAAAUAUAGAGUGAGAUUAAAUAGUAAGACACUCACAAAGAAGUAAUGGGCAUGUAAUUAACAUUCUUGUUUCUUAGAAAUAAUAUUUUUUUUUUUUGGA